AUUAUAACCGCGGCACAUAACACAGAAAUUGUAGUUAUUCGCUUGGAUUUGAUUACUAUCGAACACCGUAGUAAAAAGAUAUUUGGCAACAGCGCAACAACGGUGUCAGAGUGUCACGAAGAUGUUACUGUCAAGUUAAUUAAGUUUUUUUUUUGGCAAAUAAAAAUAAAUAAAAUAUUUGUGCUGAUGAUGCUUACUUAGAAGGGCAUUUUAAAUUUCUAAACAUGGAUAAACUAACAUUAAUAUCAGGAACUCUAUUUAUGGCCGCAGACAUUUUCGCUAUAGUUAGUUUAGCUAUGCCAGAUUGGAUUAUCACAGAUGUUGGAGGUGACACAAGGUUGGGGUUGAUGUGGACAUGUAUGACGCUGUACAAUCGUCCUCAAGUCUGCUUUACGCCUGACCUACAACCUGAGUGGUUGCUUGCUCUAGUCUGCAUUUUUGUUGGUUGUAUUUGUAUUACAACUACAAUCAUAUUAUUGGCCUCCUCACAUUGGGACAGGAAUGUUGUUCCAUAUGCACGUUGGGUUGGAUUUACAGCCAUGGUAUUAUUUUGCUUAGCAGCUGUGAUAUUUCCCAUGGGUUUUCACGUUGAUGAAAUUGGAGGACAACCAUACCAGCUACCUGGUAGCCACCAAGUUGGCAUAUCAUAUAUUUUAUUCAUAUUGGCAUUAUGGAUCACUGUUAUAUCAGAGUUAUUUGCUGGGAAAGUAUGUUUACCACAUUUUUAAGCCAAAUCUUUUGAAUUAAUUAAUCAGAUUUUUUAUAUUACCUAAAAUUGUGAUCUGAAAGUCAGUAUAGAUAGUUAUAUAGUGCUUUUCAUUUUAUUAAAUUUAUUUUUUUUAAAUCGCACAUCUGCAGGCUUAAGUUCUUGUACAUUGCUUAUAACUCAACAACCUAUUAUCAAAAUGUUAUGUUUUACCAACCUUCUUUUUUUGGAAGGGUUCUUCCAAUUGAGGAGUUAAAUAUGGGACAUUUUCUUUUGACAGAAUGUGUCAUAUUUAAUUACAUAUUUGGAUAGUCCUUCCAAAAGAAGAUUUUUAGCGAAAAAAGUCGUUUUUUUUGAUUACAAAUAUAUAUGGAUUAAAAAAAGCAACAAGCAUUACUACUAAAAUUAUAGUGUUCCAUUUGAAAAAAUAGAUCUUUAAUUCAUAGCUCUUAUCUGAACCUGUAUGUGAUACAAAUAAUGCACAUAAAGCUUUAUAUUAGAUCAUACAACUUUUGCAUAGAACAUUUUUUCUAAACAGUCAUAAAAAAAAUUAGAGGGAGGGGGGCAUGUCAAUUUAUAGCAGGACACCCAUUCAGAAACACUCACUUUUAACCGCCUGUCUUUCCGCUAUUUUGAAUGAUAGUCCUUUUAUAUUUUUUUAAAAGUACUGUAGAACUAGUGGUGUUUCGUGCAGUUAAGUGUUAGGUUUAUUAAAAGUUUUUAUUUUAUCAAAACGUACUAUUUAUGAAAAUUCCACAUUAUAUUAAGGAUUUUAUUUGUAUAGAACACGAUUAUUUUUUUAAAGUGUAUAUAUUGAUAAGUUAUUUUAUUUUCAUCUUAAAUGUUUAAAGAAAAAAUAAAGUGUUUAAUCAGUAC